AGUGCAGACGCUUAGAGGCGCAGUGCGGUGAGGACUUGGUUCUGUGCCCUUCUUAUUGUCACCACCCAUGGGAAACGGCCGUGUAAAUGCGUAUUAAGAGAUCACAAGACGCCACCAGCGGCGACAGAACAAAUCCGGGGCUGAGAGCAGCGCCUCCCUGGGCCUUCUGAUAGGAGCUUGUUGCAUACUUCUAAACAACAUUAAUUGGUUGGUGGGACCCCAGUAAAAAACAAAAUGCCAAGGUACAUCCAGGAAUCAGACUUUAUCAUGGUGGAGGAAGGCUAUGUGGCCAGAGACUUGAUGGAGGAAAUCAUCAAUGGUGUCUCACAGACUGAUGACCGAGAUGCUUUCUUCGUUGUGGAUUUAGGAGAUAUUGUAAGAAAGCAUCUGCGUUUUCUCAAAGCUCUGCCACGUGUAAAGCCUUUCUAUGCUGUGAAGUGUAAUAGCAGCAAAGGUGUAGUCCAGAUCCUAGCAGAAUUGGGGGCAGGAUUUGACUGUGCCAGCAAGGCAGAAAUUGAAUUAGUCCAAAGCAUAGGAGUGAAGCCUGAAAACAUAAUUUAUGCAAACCCAUGUAAGCAGAUAUCCCAGAUUAAGUAUGCUGCCAAGAAUGGAGUCCAGAUGAUGACUUUUGACAAUGAAGUGGAGCUGUCCAAAGUGUCAAGAAACCACCCAAAUGCUAAGAUGGUACUUCGUAUUGCCACAGAUGACUCCAAGUCUUCUGCUCGACUUAGUGUGAAAUUUGGGGCUCCAUUAAAGUCAUGUAGGCACCUUCUUGAAAUGGCCAAGAAUCUAAACGUUGAUGUUAUUGGUGUUAGUUUCCAUGUGGGGAGUGGCUGCGGUGAUCCGAAAGCAUAUGCGCAAUCCAUUUCAGAUGCCAGACUGGUUUUUGAAAUGGCAUCAGAGUUUGGUUACAAGAUGUGGCUGUUGGAUAUUGGUGGGGGCUUUCCUGGCACAGAAGAUUCCAAAAUUCACUUUGAAGAGAUUUCAGCUGUAAUAAACCCAGCUCUAGACCUGUAUUUCCCAGAAGGCUCGGCUGUGGAGAUCAUUGCUGAACCUGGAAGAUACUAUGUAGCAUCUGCUUUCUCUCUGGCUGUAAACAUCAUUGCUAAGAAGGAAGUGGACUUGGACGGCUCUGGAUCAGAUGAUGAAGAAACCUGUCCUAACAAGAACACCAUGUAUUAUGUUAAUGAUAGCGUAUAUGGGUCAUUCAACUGUAUCCUCUUUGACCAUGCUCAUCCUAAACUUACUCUUCACAAGAAACCUUCUCCAGAUCAGCCAUUAUACAACAGUAGCUUGUGGGGACAAACAUGUGAUGGCAUAGAUAAGAUCGCUGAGCAUCUUCAGCUACCAGAGCUUCAAGUUGGUGACUGGCUUCUGUUUGAUAACAUGGGAGCUUACACAGUGGCAACAUCCUCUACAUUCAAUGGCUUUCAGCAAUCCUGUAUCUACUAUGCAAUGCCACGGGCAGCCUGGGAUAUGGUUCAGCUGCUGGAGAAAGGAAUACAUCCGAUUGAAGAGAGAGAAAACAUUUGUGCACCGAUGUCCUGUGGCUGGGAGAUCUCUGAUUCUCUUUGCUUAACUCCUGCACCAACCAGAAUCAUCUGAGCUACUGUUUUCUGAAUGUCCCGUAGAAAUAAACACAAUAAAUGAUUUCUUUUUCUCUCUUUUGCCCAGCAUGUGGGACCAAUCUUGGCCUUGUUGUGUUUAAGUAUGCAACAUAAAAUCUCUUAUCAAAAUUU